CUACAGGUUUUACAAUGAGGAAUGAAUAAAUCAAAUUAGAAAUAUCUAAGAGUAUAUUUAUUUCUUUUGGUGCUAUCCAGUUAUUAUUACAUUUUAAUUAUUUGUGGGCCAAUCCUUAAAUUUCAAAAGAUGCAAUUGACAUCAGAUCCACGCAGGGCUGACCGCGAGCGCCGCUACAAGCCGCCUCCGCCGUCGUCGGCCCCUGCUGAGGAUCUCACCACGGACUAUAUGAACAUUUUGGGUAUGGUGUUCUCCAUGUGCGGUCUCAUGAUGCGCCUGAAGUGGUGCGCAUGGACUGCUGUGUUCUGCUCCAGCAUCAGCUUCGCCAAUUCCAGGGUUUCUGAUGAUACUAAACAGAUUGUCAGUUCCUUCAUGCUGUCAAUAUCAGCUGUAGUCAUGUCCUACCUCCAGAACCCUCAGCCAAUGUCACCACCAUGGGCUGCCCUCACCACUUAGUAUUAAUGAGAGAACUGUUAUAAUAAUAUUAUUUGUCUGAUUAUGUUGAAAUAAAGAUUAUUAAUUGAAUU